CAGUAUUAGGACACAAACAGGCAUUUAAUCGAGCACCGAUAGAAUGGCAGUCAGCAGACGACCUCUAGUUUAGCUAGUUAACGUGAACUUUUCAACUAUUAACUAUAUAUCAUUGUGCCUGCAGUGGCUUUGGCGAGCUAUUGGAUGACAAACAAUUGAAGGGCAACCUUUAGAUUGAAAAUGAUUAGAUUUGCAGCUGGAAGACGCAUCAUUUCUGGGGUUUCGGUGUGGAGAUGUCCUCAGCAGAUAACCAGAGCAGCAAACUACUCAACAAAAGCUGAGCAGCUGUUUCACUCUCAGGCCUCCUCUGUGUUACAUUCAUCCAGAGCAGCUUCCAUCAACAGGCUGUUGAGCAUCAGGCCCUUGAGCUGGCAUGCCUCCCGUCUCUGCCACAGGGAUUCACAAGGCACCUCAGUCAGAGAAAACACCAAGGAGGGCUUCAGUUUAAAGGCCCUAACUCAGGCUCCCAAACCAGCUCUGUACCUCGGUUUCUCUGGGCUCAUCCCCUUCUUGGCGGCCCCUCUCCUGAUGGCUGCCACACAGUCCUUCUACCCUGAAGUGGCGUAUGCUCAGGUUGUUUAUGGAGCCUCUAUAGUCUCCUUCCUCGGAGGUGCCCGCUGGGGGUUUGCCAUCCCUGCUGGUAGUCCCGCUCAGCCAGACUGGAUGAACUUGGGUAACAGUGUGGUGCCUUCACUUGUGGCCUGGUUGGCAUUGCUCUGCAGGGACAAUAUUGCGGAGGGAGCCCUGGUAGUUAUCAUGGGAUUGGGUCUAUCACUGCAUUACGACCUCACCCUGCUGCCUGGCUACCCUGCCUGGUUCAAAGCCAUGCGGACUGUCCUCACUCUGGUCGCCACCUUCUCACUGGUGGCUACACUGACAUUUAAAAAAUUCUGCAUUGAGAAGAAGAUCAAAGAGAUUCAGAACUGAUUGAAUAGGACAGUUUGUUCCUUGAUCCAUAUGGGCUUAAUAAAAUGUAAAAUUAA